GAGUCACGGCCUUGCGCAUCGAAGGCUAACUAACUAGAAUUGGCUGCUCGAUUAUAGAUAUCGCGUGGUUGGCGGCCGUACAGUCAUCAGGCAAUUGUGCGCCUUGGUCCGCGGACAUUCCGAUCUCCAUCUUCUGGAAUCUCCUGACAUGGGAGCGGGGGCUUCAAAGAGAAAGAAGUGUAUAUAAAUGGCUUCCAUCAAACUUCCAGUUUGAAGUCAACAUUCAUUCACAUCUUUCACUUUAUUCUCGGUGUUUAUCAGUAUAUCAAUAUGUCUCAAGAGAUUUCGAAAAAAGUCAUUGUCGUUGGCUGUGGUAUUGCAGGUCCGGUGAUUGCAAUUCUGCUUCAGAAAAAAGGAUAUACUCCAAUCGUUGUGGAAAAAGUUAAGGAACUGGGAGAUGCAGGUGCAUCGCUGUUUCUACAGCCCAACGGUCUCAAAGUACUCGACUUGGUCGGUCUUGCCACGAUAGUAACUGAUAAUGCGCCAUGGGGAGAAUAUUCUUUGGAUCAGACUCAUACAGGUGAAGUUCUUGGAAGCGGCGAUUUUCUCAAGCAUUUCAAGGAAAUAUAUGGCCAGCCAGGUUGUGGAACUAAAAGAAGCACUUUCAAUCUGGCUCUUGAAAAGGCUGUUGUAGAUGCAGGUAUCGAAUUUCACUCGGGAUGGAAACUAGCCAAGAUUGAAGAGAGCGAGACCAGCGUGGUAGCGAUCUCAGAAGCCGGAGAGAGGAUUGAAGCAUCGUUUCUCGUUGGUUGUGACGGCAUUAAAGCUGCGUCGAGAGAGAUAUUGCUUAAACGUAAAGGAUAUAAUGAGCCCGAACCUACAUAUACGGGAUUAAUCCAGACUACUGGAUUUUCUCCCACACCGCCAUCCCUUCGCAACACUCUCCUGAAUGUUUUCGGUCCGUCCGCUCAUUUUUUUCAAUAUCCCAUCUCUUCGACCCACUCAUCAUGGGCAAUCACACAGCGACAGAGUGAAGAACAAAAAGAAACGUGGCGCAUAUCAACACCCGAAGAGCUUGAGGAUCAAAGGGCAGAGCUCUUAAGUCAAUUCGAUGACUGGACCGAGCCAAUUCCAGAGAUGAUCAAGAGUGCGGAAAGAUUACUUAGAUAUGGAGUCUACGAUCGACCAGGCCUGGAGGCCAAACAGUGGUAUGAUGGAAGAUGUAUCCUCAUUGGUGAUGCUGCACAUCCUACAAGUCCACAUUUGGGCCAGGGUGCCAAUCAAGCUAUGGAGGAUUGCUAUCAUCUCCAGCGACUCCUCCCCAACGCCGGUAGCGAUCUUCCCACAGAAGAAUUGACGAAGAUUUUCGCCGAAUUUGCAGAAAUGCGACAACCUAAAACUGCCUUGUUAGUAGCGGGUGCUCGAGCACAAGGAGAACGAAGAGUUACCACGCCGGAAACGAUGGAGAAAAGAAAUGAGUAUGUCAGACAGAUGUGGAAGAAUCCUGAGGUCUUCCAAAAGCCUUAUGAAGAGACGUUGAGAGGGCCAUUUGAUGCAAUGGCUUGAGGGAUAUCGAUGGUAAUGGAUUGUAGGAAGUCGAUGUAAGAAGUAGAAGCCUCAUGCGUGGUUAUUUGAUGAUUUCUUUGAGAAUGUACGCACGGAUUCACACGAUAUUUUCAAACGUAUCCCCAAAUUUUCACUUGCGUUUGUUGUUAUUCAAUUUAUAUUUCUCCAAUAAUUGAAUAUCAGUGCUCAGAACUCGAUAUCCUGCCGGCGGAAACAAUCAAGUUGGUAAAAAAGUAUACUUGGAAAAGUCAUACAGACAUUUCGUAAACCAAAAACAGGGGAUAGGCUUAGAGAUCUCAUGCGAUUGAUUAUCCAUUGAUAUUUCUAAUACCAUGACGUGUGAGCGCCUCCA